AGUUUUAAUCAGUUUCUGGUCAUGUGUUAGAUGAAAUAAAUUUAAUUUAGAAGCAAAAUGACUAAUUUGAUAUGAAUAUUUAUCAGAAGGUUUUGAAUAAUUUAAAGAUUCUCUUGAAACAAUUGAUUGAAAUUCCAUAAUUUCGUUAUCUGGAUUCAAACUACCGAUUUGUUAUGAAGUUCAAUGUCUUAUUAAUGCCUACACAUCAACCAAUUUCACGUUAUUUUGGAAAUUUGUUACAGAAAAUCUAAUACAUAAUGGAGGAAAUAAGAUCCAGCCUGCCUCCAAAGAAAACAUCUCCAAGGGACAGAGCCAAUAUAAUUUCUGUUCUAUUUUUUUGUUGGCUAUUACCUUAUUUUGUGAAAGGAUAUAAACGAGAACUCACUGAAGAUGAUAUGUACAGAAAUAGAAAACAGCACGAAUCUAGUGCUUUGGGAGACGAUAUAGAAAAGAGAUGGAAAAGACAUGUAACUAAAAGUAAAAACCCUUCGUAUGCAAAAGUAUUAAUUGGAAUGUUUAUGUGGGAAAUCAUCUUACUAAAUGUGUUAGUCAUCAUAACAGAAUCUAUUAAAUUGGCUCAACCGUUUUUGAUCUCUAAACUUUUGUUAGUAUAUGAAACUCCUAGUACCAGUGAUGGUAAAAACGACAUUUACCUCUACGCUGGAUUGAUAGUAUUGGCAUCUUUUAUAAACGUGAUUUUGGUACAUAAAUUUAAUUUAGCAAUGAUGCAAAUUGGUAUGAAAAUGAGAGUAUCAUCAUGUUCGCUCAUCUACAGAAAAUCUUUGAAACUAAGUAAAUCAGCUUUGGCGGAAACUACUAUAGGUCAAAUGGUGAAUUUAUUAUCAAAUGACGUUGGUAGAUUCGAUCAGGCCGUACAUCAUCUCCAUCAUUUUUAUUUGGCACCGAUGCAAACGUUGACCGUUAUGGUUUUGUUAUAUUUCAACGUUGGAUGGACAGCAUUGUUUGGAGCUGUGUUUUUGUUGCUUUCCAUACCAUUUCAGUCAUGGUUGGGGAAAAAAACUUCUAGAUUCAGGCUCAGUACAGCUAUACGAACUGAUGAAAGAGUAAGACUGAUGAACGAAAUCAUAUCAGGAAUCCAAGUAAUCAAAAUGUAUACAUGGGAAUAUCCUUUUGCCAAACUAGUUGAAAGUGUAAGAAUGAAAGAAAUGAAGUACAUUAGAUUAACAUCUGUGAUCAGAGCUAUUUUAAUGUCGUUGGCGCUAAUCCUAAAUCGAAUGGCAGUAGCUAUAUGCAUAAUUACAUAUGUUCUAACAGGAAAUGCUCUUACUGCUUCAUACGCGUACUCAGUAGCUUCGUAUUAUAGGCUAUUGGGAUCUCUCACGAUGUUCUUCCCCCAGGCAAUUUCCCAAGGCUCUGAAAUGUAUAUUUCUAUGAAAAGGAUACAGAAUUUCCUGUUGUUCGAUGAAAUUCGCAGUGAAAACAGCAUGUUAUCGAAAAAUGUAUUCAACGGAAAGUCUAAAGGAAACGGUUUAACAAAUGGCGUAAUGGCUGAAUCUGAUGCGAGUAUUCAAAUUAGAAAUGCUUCCGCCAAAUGGCUGAAAUCACAUCCGGAAAACAAUCUAGAAGAUAUUGAUCUAGAUGUGAAAUCAGGUAAUGUGGUAGCUGUCGUUGGAGCAGUUGGUAGUGGAAAAACAACAUUAUUACAUAUAAUAAUGAAAGAAUUGGAACUUCAAAGUGGUUCUGUAAAUGUGAAAGGUUCCGUAUCCUACGCAUCUCAAGAACCUUGGUUGUUUGGUGGAAGUGUAAGACAAAACAUCUUAUUCGGACAAGAAUUUAAUCAGCAGAAAUAUGAUGAAGUCGUAAGAGUAUGCGCUUUACAAAGAGAUUUUACUCUAUUCCCUCACGGAGAUAGAACGUUAGCCGGUGAAAGAGGUGUGACUUUGAGCGGUGGACAAAGAGCUAGAAUAAAUUUAGCUCGAGCAGUUUAUAAAGAUGCAGAUAUAUAUUUGUUAGACGAUCCGCUAUCUGCUGUAGAUACUCACGUGGGUAAACAGCUUUUCGAAGAGUGUAUUUGUGGUUAUUUGAGUAGCAAGUGCGUCAUAUUAGUGACUCAUCAACUUCAAUACCUGAAAAAAAUCGAGAAUAUUUAUCUAAUGAAAAACGGUCGAAUCGAAGUGUCCGGUUCAUAUGAUGACUUAAGAAAUUCAGAUACAGAAUAUAGUAAACUGCUAGCAGAAAUAGAAGAGGAAGAAGAAGUAGUAAGAAGGAAAUCUAAAAUCAUAGCUAACAAGGAAGAAAAGCCGGAAGAGGAAGAUAAUAUACAAACAUUGCAAAAGGAAGAUAAAGGAACUGGUAGUAUUGCUGGACGAGUUUAUCUGAACUAUGCUCGAGCUGGAGGAAAAAUUAUCAAAGCUCUACUACUGAUUCUCACAUUUGUCUUCUCUCAAGCUUUGGAAAGUACAGCAGAAUAUUUCGUAACAUUUUGGGUGAACGUGCAACAAUGGCAGAGAGAAAUGGCUUUGAAAAUAGGGCUUUCCGAAGUUACAGAACUUAACAGUACAACUCAAGAGCCUUUAAUUAAUUCAACACUCGCAGCUCCUACAAAUAUUGACGAUCCGUUCAGCAAUUGGUUGUUAACUCCUAUUUUCACAAGCUCUAGUACUGUCAUCUACUACAGUAUACUUAUUUUAACAGUUGUCACUAUUGUGAUAACCAGAUCGCUUUGUUUUUAUUCGUGGUGUCUAACAGCCUCAACCAGAUUGCAUAAUAAAAUGUUUGUUAAUAUAGUUUAUAGUCCAAUGAGGUUCUUUAACAUAAACCCGUCUGGAAGAAUUUUGAACAGAUUUUCUAAAGAUAUUGGUUCUCUUGAUGAGGUAUUACCAAUGACUCUGCUAGACACCGCACAGAUUGGUCUCUCAGUUCUGGGAAUAACUUUGGUAAUAGGUUCCCUUUCUUAUUGGAUUAUGAUACCAACUGUUGCAAUUGCAGUUUUAUUUUAUGCGAUGAGAACCGUUUUCUUGGAAACUAGUCGAGACGUGAAACGAGUAGAAUCAGUUACUCGUAGUCCAAUAUAUACACAUUUAUCAGCGUCUCUUCAAGGAUUGACUACUAUAAGAGCCUUUAAGGCCGAAGAAAUAUUAAAAACUGAAUUCGAUCGCUAUCAAAAUUUACACAGCGCUGCUUUCUUCAUGUACCUAGGAGCUAAUAGAACUUUUGGAUUUUGGCUGGACUUUAUUUGUGUCAUUUACAUUGCCCUAGUUAUUGUGGCAUUGUUGUUUGUUAAAAGCGAACAAUUCGGUGGUAACAUGGGUCUAGCUUUGACCCAAGCCAUGGGUCUCACUGGUAUGUUCCAAUGGGGUAUGCGACAAUGGAGUGAAUUGGAAAAUCAAAUGACGUCGGUAGAAAGAGUACAAGAAUACGCAGAUUUGAAGCAAGAAGAAGACGAACAUACAAAUGCGCUACCUAAACAUUGGCCAAGUCAUGGAAAAGUUGAAUUUAGAGAUAUGUCUCUGAAGUAUUCUCCCGAUGAUCCUCCAGUAUUGAAAAAUCUCAAUUUAUUGAUAAAAUCGACGGAAAAAGUGGGUAUCGUAGGACGAACUGGUGCAGGAAAAUCAUCCUUGAUACAAGCUCUUUUCCGUUUGGCAAACAUCGAUGGUCAUAUUUUAAUUGAUGAUGUGGAUACUAAGAGUAUAUCAUUGAAAGAUCUCAGAUCACAUAUUUCUAUAAUUCCUCAGGAACCCGUUCUGUUUUCGGGUACUCUUCGGAACAAUUUAGAUCCUUUCGAUGAAUAUAAAGAUGAGAUUCUUUGGAACGCUUUGGAAGAAGUAGAAUUAAAGCGUGCCGUGGAUGAGUUACCAGCAGGUUUAGAUAGUAAAAUGGCGGAAGGUGGUUCAAAUUUCAGUGUAGGACAGAGACAGCUCGUAUGUUUGGCUAGAGCUAUUAUUCGAAAUAAUAAAGUUCUAGUCUUGGACGAAGCUACAGCUAAUGUUGAUCCUUAUACAGAUGGUUUAAUUCAAACAACGAUAAGGAAGAAAUUUGGAAACUGUACAGUAUUAACAAUUGCUCAUAGAUUACACACUAUCAUGGAUUCUGAUAAAGUGUUAGUUAUGGACGCCGGAAGGGCGGUGGAAUUCGAUCAUCCACAUACACUCCUACAAAAUAAGACCGGAGUAUUCUAUUCGCUAGUUAUGCAAACUGGAAAAUCUACAGCGAAAAAUUUGAUGCAGAUAUCUGAAGAAAAUUGGAAAAUAAGAGAUGCCAACACCGUUUUCUGAAAUAUCAUUAGAAUAAAUUGUAUAUAUGUUAAGUAAAAUGUGAUAAAGAUAAAUUUGUGUUAAGAAAUAUAUUAUUCCAUUCCUUAUU